GCACCGGAGCCACUUUACGCUUGGACUCAGGCCCCGGAAGUGGCUAGGGUGGGGUCGGCGCUGCCCCUGAAACCGGCUACCCCGGGAAGAUGCUGCUGGACCUGUCGGAGGAGCACAAGGAGCAUCUGGCCUUCCUGCCGAAAGUGGACAGCGCGGUGGUCGCAGAGUUUGGGCGAAUCGCGGUGGAGUUCCUGCGGCGUGGCUCGAACCCCAAGAUCUACGAAGGCGCUGCCAGAAAACUCAGUGUGAGUAGUGACACUGUCCAACAUGGUGUGGAAGGAUUAAUAUACCUCCUUACUGAAAGUUCGAAGCUCAUGAUUUCUGAACUAGAUUUCCAAGACUCUGUUUUUGUUCUUGGAUUUCCUGAAGAAUUGAACAAGUUGUUGCUUCAGCUUUAUCUGGACAACAGAAAGGAGAUCAGAACUAUCCUGAAUGAAUUGGCACCAGACCUUCCCAGUUACCACAGCCUUGAAUGGCGACUGGAUGUACAGCUUGCAAGCAGAAGCCUCAGACAACAGAUUAAACCAUCAGUGACUAUAAAGCUCCACCUUAAUCAGAAUGGAGGUCACAACACCCACGUUCUGCAGACAGACCCAGCCACCCUGCUGCACUUGGCUCAGCAGCUGGAACAGGCCUUGGAGGAGGUGAAAACAAACCACUGCAGGAGAGUCGUGCGCAACAUCAAGUAGGCCCAGCUUGUGUUCUUCCGGCCGAAUCAGUUGUGAAUUGGUGAUACGCGUGCGCAACAUCAAGUAGUCCCAGUUUGUUUUCUUCCGGCCGAACACUUGUGAAUUGGUGACAGGCAGCAGUUGUUUUUCAAAAUCAAUUUUUUAAAUUGAUAGUGAUAAAUAUAUAGAGAUUUCAUAAAAUUCCUUUCCCUAUGUCAAGAUACCGGGCUGAGUGACAUUUCUCUCUCGGUGCUGGUAUGAUCAGCCUCUUGAGUUAAGAUGUAGUUUGUAUUGUAAAUGUGUAAAUAGGACUGAGUCAACUGAAGGUGAACCUGUACGGUUCGAAUCCUCUGUGUAUGUAAAUGACUGUUUUUUGGUGCUUUUUCUGACUGGUUUAUUGUUUUCCUCCUCAUUGAUCUAAACUUAAAAAUAAAGUUCAUGGUGUGAUUCUGUUACUAUUCUGAGUAUUUCUAGACAAUUUAGUGUUUUUGACUUUAAAGCACACCAUGGUGUUAAUAGCCACAGAGUAGUGGGAAGUGAAGAUGAAUUUUUUAGAUGCAGCAUUGUUUAGGCGGUUCAUGUGUUUUAUUUGGCUGUGACUAUACUAAGUAGUUGCCUUGUUGCUUAACUUUAAGUUGCCAUGCCAAUAAGCUUAAAUAGUACUCAGAUUUGUGUGAAUGUAUUGUAGUUUAUCAAGGAUUCAUUUUUUUCCCUAUUACCAAAGCAUCUGAGAGACACACUGCCAUUCAACAUUUAUAAACAAUGGUUGCAGGCAUAUUGUAAUCAGUUCUUAAUUAUCUAGAUAUAAAUUACCGUCACUUUUAAAAUUCUGUUUGAAUAAAGCAUAAAGAGGGCAAAGGGAGGCCAUGCUUACUACGUUCCCGGCAAAGUUCCCUUCUGCCUUAAA